AUGGGCAGUGAUCAAGACAUCCCCGGAACCAAUUAUUUCGAGGGCGUCGGCGGCAGCCGAUUCUGCUAUGUGCGGGAAGACCACAUACCAACGCACAAUAUCUCUCUAGAAAUAACCGAUGAACACAUCAUCGCCGGUGCGAAGCGGCCAAUAAAACCUCCAGCACGCUUCAUAGAAGGCGAGCGAGAUAUCCCGCAAUCAGAUGCAUGGAAGUUGAGAAAAAGACCCCGCCAGUCAGCUAAUGCGCAGGACGAAGAAAAGAAGGGAGAAACAAUCAGCGUUAUGGUCCCGCCUCUCAACCUCGAUUACGAUUCCGGUGGCUCGCCGUUAACCGAACUGGAGGACCUAUCAGAUGAAAUGGAUGAUUCCGUCUCUGACUCCCCGUCCAAUGAUGCUGAUGUAGCCGCUGAAAAGUUUCCCGAGCACUCCAAGCCAAAUAGCACGCAUGACCGUGGUGGACGCCAGCUCACGCAAGAGGAUCGGCGUGGUGGUUGUGCUAAAUGCGCAGGGAAGAUGAUCAAUCUCCGCAACCAGGCACAACAGGCGUUACUUUGCAGGAGCCAUGAGACGGUCUCCUUGCGAAAAGAGAAUGAGACUCUCCAGCGACAAAACAACCGUCUCAGGGCGGAACUGGCCAACGUCAGAGCAUCUCAGGAUGCUUCAACUGCCGAUCCCACCACAAUUAGAUCCUCUGCAGAUGAAUUAUUUGACCAGAGGAAUGAGAUACACAGACUUCGCCGCCGCCUUUCAAGUGCCGUUGAGUUUGUUGAGCUUACCCGCCCCCCUCCAUCGUGCAACGAUGCUUUUGUCUUGUCAACAGGGUUUAUAUACAAGGAAAUGUAUACGUUGAGUAACUAUGUGGUCUAUACAGCAAAUGCGCUCUGCAAGAUCCGACGACAUCACGUGAAUGAUGAAACUAUAAGCCAAGAUCUAACUCUCCUCAUCAAGCAAACCAUGAUCAGCAAAGACCUGUUCUCUACGGACGCCUUAUCAGCCUUUCGUGCUCUUACGUUUGGCUUCAUACAGAAGCGCGUGUUUCACAGCCCGGAGAUAUGGAGAGACCUGCACUUCGAUAGCGUAAUGCUCAGGCAGUACCAAAGCAUUCUGGAACAAAGCAUUUCACCUGAAAGCCUAGAAAGAUACCACCGCGCAGCCGUUUAUCUUACCCUAACAAAGAAUCCCGAAUUUAAAGAAGUAUUUGUUCCUGGUUACACCAAACAGAUACAAUUCGAGUUCUUCGAUAUAAUGGCACCUUUACUCCAUUCAGAAGACGUGAGCGAUCACGUUAAGCAUGAAACAUGGACAUUGUUCCGUCAUGCCAUCACCCUACGUGCGAGCUGCUACCCUCACAAAAGAACGCGCUAUCAACUCGUGCAGUUCAAACCAGGCCAUGUGUACGACCCGCAGACCAUGCGGGCGGAAGAUGAGGUUGGAGCAAUUGUAACUGUUCCGGAGGACGGACAGCAGCGCCACAUCAAGGUCUGCGUGCAUGGGAUAAUGAAGGCAUAUUCAGUGAGAGAGAGUGCAGAUGGACUCGGUCUGAUCAAAGAGCUCAGCCAGCCAUUUCUUCUUGGGGAUGACACACAAGGUCACAUUAUAAGUGAAAAGGCGGCCGUUAUUCUAGAAUGA